UGGAUUUGGGUCUCCAAGGCCAGGUUAGGUGGGGCCUUGAGCAACCUGGUCUAGUCUAAGGUGUCUCUGCCCAUGGAACUGGAUGUGCUUUAAGGUCCCUUCCAACCCAGAUCAGUCUGGGAUUCUAUGAGGGAGGUUGCCCCACUGCCAGGGUUUGGCCACUGUCAUGGUGGGGAACCCCAUCCUAACACCCCAGGUCAGACCCUGUCCCAGUGCCCCUUUCUGGGGCUGCCAACCCAGAGCGCCGCGCUCCUCCGCGUGCCGAUGAAGAUGAUACCGUGACACCACUGGCACGGCAUAAAUCACCCCACGGCGGCCUCACUAGGGCAGGGUGAGGGAGCUGCGUGGAGCAGAUGGGUGCCAGCCGCGUUGCUGGCGGGGUGGCACGGCCGCGGCUUGCAAAGGGGAUGUGGUACAAAGCAGCUUUGCUCAGUGGGGCCAUAGCGGGGGUCUCCGGCACUGUGCUGGGUGUUUGGGGCAUCACACAGGCAUCCUCGUUGUCCUCUGGCUUUGCCGUUGUCAUCCUGGCUGGUAUUGGUAUCACCAGUCUGGUGACGGUGAUGCCAAUGGGGUAUCGGAUGUGGGUGCUGGAGGGAUCCCGUGUGAUGCAUUUGGGGCUGGCUCCGGCUGUGUAAUGCUGAUGCUUACUCUGCAUCCGCUGCAGGCACACAGAGCAUGAGGGAUCCCCAUGUGUCCCAUCCCCUGACAAAGGGCAGCUUUUGUCCCUCUGUGUUUGCAUGUCACUGCGGGCAGCCCUGCAGCCGCUCUACCUGCAGCUCCGGAGGGGAUGCGAUGGGACAGAGCCAGCCUGGGCUCCAGCAUCGCAGGGAACCCGGCAGCGGUGCCUGGGUCUGUUUUUGCCACGCUGCUCCUCAGUUCAGUCACCAACUCUUGCGUUGCAGUGAGGAAAACCAAGCAGGUUUGGAAGGGUUUUUGCAACUUCCCCCCUUUGCACCCCGCGUGGCUGCUGCUGCGUUCAAAACAGGGUCCUGAAAAUGAGGAAACGUGGGGCUGGGGUGGGAGCGGGGCUGGCCCCGGCGAGGAGCACGAGGAGCUGUGACCCACGGGCACCCAGAGGUCCCCCCAUCCCGCACCCAGGGUCACCUCCGUGCUCGGUGGGCACCCGCAUCCCACCCCCCCCGGAGCACCAUGGCGUCCCGCAUCGGCCUGCGGAUGGAGCUGAUGAAGCAGCAAGCGCAGCAGGAGGCCGAGAGGGAGCGCAUGCAGCAGCAGAUGAUGAUGAACUACAUGCAGCAGCAGCGGAUGCCGGUGGCCUCCACCCCGGCCAUCAACACCCCAGUCCAUUACCAGUCCCCACCGCCUGUGCCUGGAGAGGUCCUCAAGGUCCAGUCCUACCUGGAAAACCCCACCACGUACCACCUGCAGAAGUCACGGGAUAAGAAGGUUCAGGCUUAUCUCUCUGAAACCUAUGGGAACAAGUUUGCUGCCCACGUCAGCCCCAUCAGCCACUCUCCCAAGCCGCCCCCCGCUGCAUCCCCUGGUGUCCGAGCCAGCCAUGUCAUGUCCUCCUCGGCGGGCAACAGCGCGCCCAACAGCCCCAUGGCCAUGCUCAACAUCGGCUCCAACCCGGAGCGGGAGUUUGAUGAGGUCAUCGAUGACAUCAUGCGCCUGGAUGACGUCUUGGGCUACAUGAACCCCGAAGUCCACAUGCCCAACACGCUCCCGAUGUCCAGCAGUCACAUGAAUGUCUAUAGCGGGGACCCCCAGGUGACAGCCUCCCUCGUAGGUGUCACCAGCAGCUCCUGCCCCGCUGAGCUCACCCAGAAGAGAGAGCUGACAGAUGCUGAGAGCCGAGCCCUGGCUAAGGAACGCCAGAAGAAAGACAAUCACAACCUGAUUGAGAGGCGGCGAAGGUUUAACAUCAACGACCGCAUCAAGGAGUUGGGGAUGCUGAUCCCCAAGGCCAACGACCUGGACGUGCGCUGGAACAAAGGGACGAUCCUGAAGGCAUCUGUGGACUACAUCAAGAGGAUGCAGAAGGACCUGCAGAGGUCACGAGACCUGGAGAAUCACUCGCGGCGUCUGGAGAUGACAAAUAAGCAGCUGCUGCUCCGCAUCCAGGAGCUGGAGAUGCAGGCACGCGUCCAUGGGCUGCCCACCUCCUCGCCCUCGGGUGUCAAUGUGGCCGAGCUGGCUCAGCAGGUCGUCAAGCAAGAAGCCGGUGGGGACGAGGGGACACUGGAGCCACUGCUGCCUGCCCUGGACCCCGAAUCGCAGCCGCAGCCCGCGCUGCCUCCACCACCCCAGUCUCCCUACCACCAGCUGGACUUUACCCACAGCCUGAGCUUCGACGACGGCUCCCGGGGCUUCCCAGACAGCCUGGAGCCCGGCCACAGCGCUUCCUUCCCAUCCCUAUCCAAGAAGGAGCUGGACUUGAUGCUGAUGCAGGACACGAUGCUGCCUCUGGCCUCCGACCCCUUGUUCUCAGCCAUGUCCCCGGAGGCCUCCAAGGCCAGCAGUCGCCGGAGCAGCUUCAGCAUGGAGGAUGCUGACAUGCUGUGACGAGGAGCCGACGCUUGGGGCGAGGACCGGACCUUCGGGUUUGGUUGGUGAAGUUACCGGCCCCUCUUCCCAUAGGAGGAGCCCGUCCUGCCGUGCACUUGAAUCUACGUAGGAGUGAGGAGAACCUUUUCUCUAUGCAACGGGGUAGGGGGGGGGAGAGCUCGGAGCCAGGCUCGCCGGGUGCCGCCGUGUCUUUCGCAAGCUUUUCUUUGGCCGGGAGCUGGAGCAGACCUUGGCUUGCCGUGGCGUUGGCCUGACUGCGGAUGCCACAGCCCGGGAGCGUGUUCCCGGCUGCUUUUGCCUUUCAGCAACCCCCUGCCACACUGAGCCCCUUCCCCAGGGCGCUGCUCGGAGCCCAAGGAGCCUUCCCUGGGAGGAGAGGGACGAUGCUCAGAGCUUUGUGUCUGCCUUGCUGCCUCCUGGAGCCUGCAUCCUCAAUGAGUCUUCCCCAGCCUCUGAGCCUCGUGGCUGCUUCCCUUUGCCACGUCCUUCAUGGUUCCUCCUUCCUCAGAGCGCUCCGAGGUGUUAACUGGAGCACGUUAAUCCACGGAGCACCGGGGUGUUGUCUGAGGGAGCUGAGGCUGAGGCUCUGGGUUUGGGGUUGACAUUGAAGGCUUCCAGAACAACCGGGACAGGGUGUUUGAUGCUUGGUCAAUGAUUGCUGUGGCCUGACCCCUGCCUCCUGGGGGUUUGGCAGCAUCCAUCACCCUCAAACCUCACUGGCCCCCGGACAGGGGCUGCAUGGUGCCGGGUGAUGUUCUGCCUCUCUUGAGACAACCCCACAGAGGUGCCUCUGCCCCAUAACCAAGCCCUGGCUCUUCAGGGGGAAGGAUAAAGGGGUUUUUAUGCUUUUCCUUGGGGAUAUUUGUGGCAAGCAGAUGUCCUGCCCCGCAGCUGGGCACGGAGGUCCCGGCUGUGGCUGGAGAUCAGGGAAUGGUUUGUGCCAAACCUGAGCUGCUGCUUCCUUUGCCUUUGGCUCGUGGGGUUUAUUUCUGUUCCCAGCACCACCAGCUUAUUCCGCAGCCAGGAUGCCUCGGUGAUGGGGACCUGCUUUGGGCUCUGUCACCUUCUGCCUUCACAGCCUGGCUCAGGGGUUGGGGUGGGGGGGGGGGGGGGAUGACACUGUUCAUAGGGAAAAUACCACAGGAAUUUUUUCAGGGAGAGGAGGGAAGGCCAGGGAGAGAAGACCCCUUUGGGAUCCUGCCUGAGAGCACAGCAUCCUGGACCAAGGAUGGGGGAUGUUGCCAGGUUAGGACAGUGAAGGGAAAGCCCAGCCAAGUAGGGACAAGCUCCACUGGUGGCUGCAUUUGGGACUGGGAGGUGGGGAACAGCCCCGGUGCCCCCUGCAGAGGUGCCUAUGGGACAUGAGGGUGUGGGGAAGUGCAGAAGAUGGGGAGGAGAGGGGGAAAGGACAAGGGAGGAUGCACUGGAGGUGUCUCAGGGUGCAGGGAAGGGAGCAGCCAUCAGGGCUGCAGCUGGGAUUGGGGCUGUUCCCCACUGUGUGCUCCCGGGAGGCCUCGGCAUCCUUCCUGCACUGCCAUUAGUGCCUGUAAUGAGAAGCAUCCCCUGGCAGGGCCACAGCACCCGCACACUGCGCUCAGGACAUGGGGUUACCU